AUGGCUGCCGCCGAUGUAGUGGCGUUCAAUCAACAUUGGACGAGAUGCGCAGAGACCACAACUCCCAGGCAACCGAGGAAUAAUGGAUGGGACGAGCGCAACCUGCAGGCCCGGCUGCAGCUCAUCUCUCGAGCUUGGAUCGUUGGCAGAGAGCAUCGUUCGUCCUCGAUCCGCACAUCGCAGCCGGACAGGCAACUAAUCGUGCCCAAUCUGUUCCCGCGGUGGCUCUCUCGAUAUCAUGCAAGACCUGCAGCUACUUCUUCCGCCCAUCAUGUCACAAAUUCUCGCCACGCCGACUCGCUUGCCCGCCGAGAUGCACCACGCGCGGAGCAUCAUCAACCUUCACCCCACCCGAUCCAAUCGGCGCAUCGCAGGCGAUCUCGAUCUAGCUUCUUCGGCGAUCCGAUUUUCGAUGUAACAAUUGAUUUUACGUCUGAAGACGGCUUUGUUCGCUGCAAAGGCAAGAAGAAUAAGAAUAAAGGAGGGCAAAACGGCAGCGCCAACAACAACAAUAGCCGGCCUCCAGAGGGGCCAUCCAAGGAAGGCAGCCAGAACCCCAAAGGAAAUGGCGGUGGGGAGCAGGGUGGUAAUGGUGGUGGUAAUGCAGGCCAGGGCGGAGCUGCAGGUGACGGGAGUAAUGCUGGUGGUGGCGGUGAUGGGGACAAGGAUAGCGACCGGGGUGCAAACAAUGACAACGCGGAACAUGAUUUGUCGGCGCCUCCCAAAGGCAGCAGAAAGGGUACCAAGACCAAAAAGGGCCCUGAGGCCGAGUCUCCUCCUCCCGCAACCAACGCGAUCGACGACGACUCUCUUGACGACGUAAAUCUCAACGACGACGCCGGGAAAAAUUCCGAUUCGGGGUCGCACGCGCACGAGGUCAAGAGUGGGCUUGGGGCCUGGGGUAAAUUGGUAUCGUUUGUUGGUGGUGGCGCCAGCGGAUCCUCGAGUGGUAACGAUGCCCAUACCGAAGCUGGCGACAAAAACAAUAGCCUCGAUAGCAAUCCUUGGACCGCCAGCGACUCAAAACAAUCCAGCUCUCUAGCAUUUUCAGUCGCCGAUACCGAUGCGACACAGAGCAAGGCCCCAAAACAACAAGAGGCCCCUCAGGAUGCUAUAGAUGGGGAUGAUGACCCGUGGGGAUAUCCAAUCAAGAAAAAGAGCAAAAAGGUCAAUCCCGCACCCGAUUCAAUUGCUGCGCCGACGGCGCCAGCAGUGAAUGACGAUCUCACCAAAGGCGACGUUGGAAAGACAAGCGACAAGAAAGCAAGCGACCCAUCAGUUGAAGACGAAGUAAAGCCAGAUCCCAUGCCGCUCAAGGGAGCGCCCAAGCAGGAGGACGAGGGCUGGUCAUUCUGGGGACUCGGAAAGAAUAAAAAGAAAGCCGAGGAGAAUGUCAAACAGUAUGAGCAGCAAAUCCCCCCGCCUCCGCCGCCUCCCCCAGCGCCACCUCCACAAUUCGCAACUCAGGAGGCAGCUCUUCUCCAAGAAAAUGGGUGGGCGGACUCUGUUCCCACCUCAAAAGACAAGAAGAAGAAGAAGAGCGAAAAACUAGCGCAGCCCGUUAUAUCUGUGCCGGCGCCUGAACUCAAAUCUAAGCUCGAACCUAAACCUGAGUCUAAGUUGGAGCUUCCGCAACCUGACGACGAUUGGGGGUUAUCUACUAAAAAGCCAGUCAAAAAGGAGAGGGAAAAGGAGCGAGAGAAAGAGAAGGACAGGAAGAAGUCAAAGCUAGCGGCCUCUGAUGAACCAAUUUCGGAAAAGACUCCUCUGCCAAUACCUGAUUCUAAACAGAAGCGUGUGAAUGGCGACGAGCCUUUAAGAAGCGCUGACGCCAAAGACGGAGAGGGGAGGGUUGACCCAGACGAAGCAAAUGCCGACUUAGCCAAAGGGAGGUCUUCUGAAGAGGGGUGGAGCUUCUGGGGCUUUGGAAAUAAGAAAAAUGAUUCUGUUACUGGAUCCGGCACAGAUCAGCCAAGGGAAGGGUCUUCAAAGGCAGAUACGCAAAGUCCCAAGUCUUCUGGAGACCUCAUCGAUGAGACGACAAUUAAAAAGGACAAGGACAGAGACAAAGAUAAAGACAAGGACAAGGACAAGAAGAAGAAGAAAAGCUCAACUUCUGACCCCUCCAAAGCCGAAUCUAAAUCCGAAAAAUCCAAGACCGAAGAAGAUGCCAAGAAGGACAAGAAGAAAGGAACCACCGAUUUGGUUCGACUGGGUGCCCUGGACAACCCGCCUGCAGAUGACUCUAACAACAUAGGGCUGGACACGGCGGACACGUUCGGCAGCGAAGGUUUCUUUGGCUCUUGGGGUAUCGGCAAAAGCGACAAAAAGCGACGAGAUGUUGAGGAUUCAUCGUGGAAACCCGAUGGCAUUGAAGAGCCAACCGACCGCACCUCGACCCAAGACAAGAAGAAGCCUAAUUUCAGGGGCGAUCCAGUUGAAGUUGUGGAUGAGACCACCGGUGAGAUUGUCCUGCCUGAUGACGUAGAGGAGGUCAGGGGCAGCAAGGUCGAGGAUGUCGAUAGCUAUGUCUGGACAAAGUCCAACAAGGCAAAGUCGAAAUCUCGGAAGGAGGCCUUAGCUGAUCCACCUCCCCGUGCGCCCACACCCCCUUCAAUGCACCUUACUGAACCUGAAGAUGAAGCAGGAGAUCACGAUGCCGCCGCGUCAAAGCUCAAGCCGAAAGACAAGGAAGCAGAUAGGGCGCUGUCCAGGAUACCCAGGCUGACCGACAAAGACCUUAAGAAACUCGAGAAGGAAAAGAAGAAGGCCGAGAAAACCGACAGAGAAGCCAAGGAAGCCGACGAACGAGCCCGUCAAGAAGAAGAACAAAGGGCACAAGAACUCACCGCUCGCGAGGCAGAAGAAAAGGCUAGACUCGAGGAGGAAGCUGAAGCUGCUGUUGCUGCCAAAGAGGAGGAGGAAAUGGCUGCGCUGAAUACGAAAAAAGCCAGAAGGGGCAAGUUAAUCAGGAAAGAUCAAGAAAGACUUGCCUUUUUGGAAGAGAACGCUGCAAGCCGAGCCGCAAAACGAGCUGCGCGAGAGGCUAAGGCGCGGGAAGACGAGGAACGGGCCGCCCAGGAGCAAGCAGCCCGAGAGGCUGAAGAGCAAGCAGCACGAGAAGAAAAGGAACGAGCCGACCGUGAAGCGGCAGAACAAGCGGCUAUAGCUGCUGAAGAAGAAGCAGAAAUGAGGGCACUGAUCACGAAAAGGAUCAAAAAGGGCAAGCUGCCUAAGAAAGAUGAAGAAAAACUCGUCCGCCUGCAGGGAAACGCCGCAAAACGCGCUAAAGAACGUGCUGCUCGCGAGGCACAAGAUAAUGCUCCAAAAGAAGCCGAAAUACAGCAAGAGGCAGACGAGCCACAGCCCAACCCCGCCGAAGAACCUGAAAACACCGAGGCUGCCACUGUCGAGGUGGCAGAAGGUGAAAAUGACGAUGACGAGCACAAGCAGCAGGCCGCCCGCGAGGCUGAGGAGCGGUCUAUCCGUGAAGCGGAAGAGCGAGCUGCAGCUGUCAUCAAAGACGAGGAGGCAGAAAUGACAGCGUUGCUGGAAAAGAAAGCCAAGAGGGGCAAGCUGCUCAGAGUUGAUGAACAGAGACUUGUUACACUCCGAGCGAAUGCCGCAAAACGAGAGAAAGAACGAGCAGCACGCGACGCGGAACGAGUAGCCCAAGAAGCAGCACGAGCAGCCGAGGAGAAGGAACGUGCUGCUCGAGAAGCGGAAGAGCAAGCUGCUCGUGAUGCAGAAGCAGCCGCUCAGGAAGCCGCCCGCCAAGAAGAAGAACGCGCUCGUGAGGCUGAGGAAAAAGCCAUUGCCCUCGCCAGAGAAGAAGAGGAGCUAGCCGCUUUGAUUGUAAAGAAAGCGAAAAAAGGCCUCAAGUUUCUUAGGAAAGACGAAGAGAGACUCGUUGUACUUCAAGAAAAUGCUACAAAGCGGGCGGAUGAGCGUGCUGCCGAGGAAACCGCCCGUGAAGCAGAAGAGCGAGAGCGUGAAGCCAAGGAACGAGCGGCUGCUAUUGCCAUAGAAGAGGAGGAAAUCGCCGCUCUAAUAGAAAAGAAGAAUAAACGAGCUGGCAGACUCCUUAAGAAAGACGAAGAGAGGCUCGCUACACUUCAGGCUAACGCUAAGAAGCGGGCAGAUGAGCAAGCCGCCCGGGAAGCUGAACAGGCUGCCCGGGAAGCACAAGAGCGAGCCGAUCGAGAAGCCGCCGAACAGGCAGUAAAAGAAGCUGAAGAACGGGCUGCCCAGGAGGCCGCACAGGCUGCAGAAUUUGCUGCAAUUGCCAAAGAGGAGGCAGAAAUCGCUCAACUAAUUGAUAAAAGGGACAAUUCCUUUUUGGGCCUGAACAGAUCAGGAGAGCAAAGGUUACAGCUCCUCCAGGCAAAGGCCAAAAAGCGGGCUGAAGAACAAGUCGCUCGACAAGCGGCUAUUGCAGCAGAGCGAGCUAAGGAAGAAGCAGAGCGUGUUGCUCGCGAAGCUGAAGAACAAGCCGCUCGUGAAGCUGAGGAAGCAGCCAGGGAGGCCGAGCGGGCAGCCAAGGAAGCCAAAGAGCAAGAAGCUCGAGAGGCUAGGAAGGCUGCUGCGAUUGCUAAAGAGGAAGAGGAAUUAGCUUUCCUCCUCGACAGGAAGGCCAAGGCUUAUAAAGGAAAACUGCCGAAUUCGCAAGAAGAGAGACUAAUCGACCUCCAAGCCAACGCCACGAGACGAGCUCAAGAGAAGGCAGCUCGCGAAGCUGAAGAACAGGCAGCUCGUGAAGCCGAGCAGGCAGCCAGAGAGGCCGAACAAGCCGCCAGAGAGGCCGAGGAACUUGCUGCUCAAGAAGCAAAGAAAGCCGCCAUGAUUGCCGAAGAGGAAAAGGCAAUAGCAAUGUUACUUGAGAAGAAGGCCACGACAAAGCUCUCCGCUAAAGGGGAAGAAAGGCUCAAAGUGCUUCAGGCCAAGGCUGCACAACGAGCGGAGGAGAAGGCUGCUCGGGAAGCUGAAGAACAAGCCGCUCGGGAAGCUGAGCAAGCAGCUAGAGAAGCUGAGGAGCGGGCCGCCCGGGAAGCUGCAGAGGCUGCUGCAAUCGCCAAGGAGGAAGAAGAACUGGACUAUCUCAUUAAAAAGAAGGCUCGAUCACAUAAAGGGCAGCUACUAAAUGGAGCAGAAGAGAGAUUACUCGAACUCCAAGCUAACGCCCAAAAGCGUGCCGAUGAGAAAGCAGCCAAAGAAGCAGCAGAACAGGCAGUACGAGAAGCCGAAGAGCAAGCCGCUAGGGAAGCUGCCGAAGCUGCCGCCAUCGCUGCAGAAGAGGAAGAGCUUGCCCUUUUACUCAAGAAGAAAGCCAAUUCGUCUAAAAAUCUGUCGAUUAAAUCGGAGCAAAGGUUAAAUGAGCUCCAGGCUAACGUUCAGCGACGCGCCGAUGAAAAGGCAGCGCGAGAGGCAGCAGAACAGGCAGCGCGAGAAGCCGAAAAGCAGGCUGCCGCUAUCGCUGCAGAAGAGGAAGAGCUUGCCCUUUUACUCAAGAAGAAAGCCAAUUCGUCCAAAAGUCUGUCGACUAAAUCGGAGCAAAGGUUAAAUGAGCUCCAGGCUAACGUUCAACGACGCGCCGAUGAAAAGGCAGCACGGGAGGCCGCAGAACGGGCGGCACAGGAGGCCGAAGAGCAGGCUGCUAAGGAAGCUGCGGAGGCUGCCGCCAUUGCUGCAGAAGAGGAAGAACUAGAGUAUCUCCUGAAAAAGAAAGCCAGCUCAUAUAAGAGCCUGCCAAGCAAGACCGAAGAGCGGUUGGCCGAGCUGAAGGCCAAUGCCAAAAGGCGUGCCCAUGAAAAAGCAGCUAAGGAAGCCGCAGAACAGGCUGCACGAGAAGCCGAAGAGCAGGCUGCUAAGGAAGCUGCGGAGGCUGCCGCCAUUGUUGCAGAAGAGGAAGAACUAGACUAUCUUCUGAAAAAGAAAGCAAGUUCGUAUAAGAGCCUGCCAAGCAAGACUGAAGAGCGGUUGGCCGAGCUGAAGGCUAAUGCCCAAAGGCGUGCCCAUGAAAAGGCAGCUAAGGAAGCCGCAGAACAGGCUGCACGAGAAGCUGAAGAGCAGGCUGCUAAGGAAGCUGCGGAGGCUGCCGCUAUUGCAGCUGAAGAGGAAGAACUAGACUAUCUUCUGAAAAAGAAAGCAAGUUCAUAUAAGAGCCUGCCAAGCAAGGCUGAAGAGCGGUUAGCCGAGCUAAAAGCCAACGCCCAACGGCGCGCCGAUGAAAAAGCAGCUAAGGAAGCUGAGGAGCAGGCAGCUAAGGAAGCUGAGGAACAAGCCGCUCGGGAGGCUGCAGAGGCUGCUGCAAUUGCUGCAGAAGAGGAAGAACUUGCCCUUCUGCAGAAAAGGAAAGCCAGUUCAUAUAAAGGCCUGCCCAGUAAAGCAGAGCAAAGGUUAAGUGAACUGGAAGCCAACGCAGCAAAACGGGCUGAGGAGAAAGCUGCUAGAGAAGCCGAAGAACAAGCUGCUCGAGAAGCUGAGCAAGCAGCUAGAGAAGCCGAGGAACGGGCCGCCCAAGAGGCAAAGGAGGCUGCCGCUAUUAUUGCAGAAGAGGAAGAAAUGGCCCUUUUACUAAAGAAGAAAGCCAGUUCGUUUAAAAGCCUGUCAAGUAAAUCAGAGCAAAGGUUAAAAGAACUGCAGGCAAAUGCGGCAAGGCGGAUGAAAGAGAAGGCCGAUCGAGAAGCUGCAGAACGGGCUGCAGAACAGGCUAUUUUGGAAGCUGAGCAAGCAGCUGAAGCAGAAGAGCGAGCCGCUCAGGAGGCCAUAGAGGCUGCUGCAAUCGCUGAAGAGGAGGAAGAAAUAGCGCGGCUCCUUGACAAAAAGCAUAACUCGUUUAUGGGCUUGUCAAAUAAACUAGAGCAGAGACUGAACGAGCUUCAGGCUAAAGCUGAACAGAGAGCGGCUCGUAAAGCUGAAGAGCAAGCCGCAAUCGAAGCAGAGCAGGCUGCCAAGGAGGAGGCCGCCAUUGCCGAAGAAGAAAAAGAAGCCGAGGAGCAAGCCGCCCGAGAAGAAGAGUUGAGGGCAGCCCGAGAGGCUGAGGAGAAUGCUGCACGCGAAGCUGAAGAGGCCGCGAGGAAAUUAAAGAAGAGCUCCAAGAAGGAUAAGAAAGAGAAAGACGACAAGAAGGAUAAACGAGACAAGAAAGACAAGAAAGAUAAGAAGUCUCGGGAUCUCCCAUCUGAAGCGGAGGCAGAGCCGAUUACAGAUCAGCACUCUGGGCCAGAGCAGAAAGGAGAAGCAGGGAUCAAGCCAGACCCUGACUUUAACAUGAGCCCUGCUGAGAUAGAGGAGCUGCUCGCACCCAAGGAGACAAACGCAGCAAGCGCAUUCAGCUUUUGGGGUCUCGGCAGUAGCGCUAAAAAGCCGAAGCCAAAAGAGGAACCAGAGACAAGAUCGAUUGAUGAUGUAUCUCAAAAAUCCUUGGAACAGCCAAAAUCACUGGGCAGUAGAAUCGCUAUCGGCCUCAAGGCUUUCCAAGAAGCACCGGAAGAAGUAGCCGAUCCCACCCUCCCACCAUCCCCACCACCAGCAUCAGACUCGGACAAAAGAGAGAAAACCGCGGGUAGACAUGGAAGAAAAGCGGCAGAUGAUGAACAGGUGGCCAAAAAAGAAUCAGCAGCUAACUUUGAACAGGCGGUUGAAGAUUUGCAGUAUGGAGAUGAUGCUGAAGAACCACCAGUCGCCAAGAAGGAGCCGCCAAAAGAAGACCAUACUAGGAGAAGGAAGAAGAUGGAGGAGCCGGUAACCGUACCAGACAGAGAUUUGCCCAGGAGGCAUCGGAGAGCGUCGGAUGUUCCAGGCACAUUCCCUGAUGAUGACGAUGAAAACGAGAUCGUUGCCAUCAUCGAUGAAGCACCAAGGAAAGAGAGGAAGAGUAGAAAACAUCGGCCUAGAGAGGAUAUAGUGGUACCACCGGCUCCUCCUCCUCCACCACCGGCUCCUAUGCCUCCUCCUCCGCCUGCUGUUCCUGAUCUGCCUCUAACACCGCCUCCGGAGCCAAAACCAUCAAGGAAAGAAAGGUCGAGAUCUAGCCGAGAAAAGGAAAAGUGGCCCGCAGUGGCAUCCCCUCCACGCAGAGAAAGGGAAGAGAAGAGGUCAUCCAAGCACAAGUCGGAAAAGUCUUCUAGACGGGCAAUAGAAAAGACAUCCUCUAGAGACUCCACUUCAGACAGAGCAGAGCGACUAGAAAGGCCUUCUAAGUCCUCAGGGCGGCAACUCACGGGAAUACUCAGCAACAAGCCCCCUACCAGAUCAAUGUCUACACGAGAGAACGAGAAGCGAUCAUCUGGUAUGAAUGGUAGCAGCAAACCUUCCAGGAGGCAUUCCAUUGGCACCCACGGCCUUGCUUCUCCGCCUCCAGAGGAGGUUCCCGAUGUAACGUCAAAGGCAGCUAAAAUUCUCGGCUUCGACAAGUCAAGCUCAAAAAAGAGAUCUCGCAAGACGGGCCCGCAGGAGGACGAUGAUAUUAUUAUGACGGGCGCUCUCGAUGCGGAUGUCGAUGCCCACGCGGCUCAUAUCCACGAAAGACAUCGAAAUAGGAGAUCUCGCGAUGAGGAUAUCAUCACAACGGAUCCCCCCAGUCCUGAGCAGCCAGGCAGGCGGCGAGGAGCGUCACUCUCUAAGAAGACGGGAUUGUCUGGGCUCUUCAGCGGCUUCAUGACACCCAGAGCAUCUAAAGUUGAGACAGGCGUGGAGUUUGAUAUCCCCGUAGUGGAUACUGACCGAGAAGGUCCACGGGUAUCUAGCCGUAAGAGCAGGAAACCGGAGCGAGAAGCAGAGCGAGCUGCCGAUGAUCGUGAACGGCGACGCAAGCGACGAGACGAUAGCGAGACUCGCAAACUUGAAGAAAAGGAAGCUCGCCGCGAACGGCGUGCCGCUCGCCAUCGUGAAGAAGAGGAGCGGCGUGCAGCCGAAGAGCGAGAGGCUCGAAAGGCUGAGAGGCAUCGCCUUCGCAAAGAAAGGGAAAGGGAGAAAGAGAGGGAGAGGGAGAGGGAGGAAGAGAUGCUGAGAGCAUCCAAGCGCCAGCGGCGUAGAUCCCACCCAGAUCCAUCUGAAGAUGAAGCUGCCGAGCGACAGCGUAGACGUGAGGCAAGGCGUGCAGCAAAAGCUGCUGAGGAGGAGGCGGCGGCGGCGGCGGCUGCAGCUGCAGCAUAUGAUAGGCCGAGGAAGAGCAGUCGACGAUAUACGGAACCGGUGAUGGAUGACCAUGUCUACCCGGUCAAGGAUCGUCGACGAGACGGCAAGAGAGCGCCAGCGACAGCGUGGCCACAUUCGGGGACAUCGUCAUGGGUCAAGGAGCAUUCCGACCCUCCUCCCCCUCCCCAUCUGGAUGAUGCCGGACAUACGACAGAUGCGGUGCCGUAUACAGAAGACGACGAGCUAGCCCGGCGUGAGGCCCGACGCGCACGGCGGAAAGCCAAGUACGAAGAAGCGCCUGUGGAGGAUGCAGACGAGAGACGCCGCCGAGAGAGGCGGGAACGACGAGAGCGAGAGAAGCGCAAUGGCGCAUCAGAUGGAAGCGAUGACCGCCACCGCAGCCGACGAGAAUCUGCAGCGGCAGAGCAUCAGCCUCGAAGCAGCUGGUGGCGAAGAUUUGGAUGA